AGAAACUCCAUCCUCACCCUCCCAAACCAAGUCAGCUCAAAACCGCACACGAAAAGAAAUGUCACGAAAUGUCCGAAUCGAAGAAGUCGAAGACUCCGACCCCGAAGAAAUGGACAUCUCCCUCUUUGACCCCCGUGCAGCUGCAGCCGCGAACCCAACUCUAAUGGAUCCGACCGCAAUCCCCCAUGGAAUACAAAGACCCAGCCACCCCCAAACCCAAUAUGUCUCUACGGACGAGAGCUCCUAUAAGACCUACCAAUGCCUCUACCCUAUAUACUUCGAUAGCACCCGGUCCCGCGCCGAAGGCCGCCGUGUAAAUAAAACCCACGCAAUUCCCAAUCCACUCGCCCGCAACAUCGUCGAUGCAUGUGCAUACCUGUCUCUAAAGACCGUAUUCGAACCCGGAAAGACACAUCCAAAAGACUGGGCAAACCCGGGCCGUGUAAGGGUACUGUUUAAAGCGGAUGGGAAACCAACUGGGAACAUCAAGAACAAGUUCUUGCUGCUUAGGACCAUCGGAGAGUUUCUGAAGGCGAACCCAACGAGACCCGAGGAUCCCUUGAGGCUUAGGAUUCCGAAUUUCCCAACUGACGGGAAGCUGCCGGAGCCUCCUGCUGUUCCCAGGGGGUGGAAGGUGGGCACGAUUUUGCCGACCCAUUCAGCAGCCUUGAGUGGCGGGGGCGUGAGUGAUGAUAUAUUUAAGGAGAUGAUGAAGGACAUGGGCAUGGAUGCUGGCGGGCCGGGUGGGGGUGCUGUGGAGAAAAAGGAGAAAAAGGAAAAGAAGGAUAAAAAGAAGGGAAAACGGUGAUUGGGUGCAAGUAGCGGUGGUUUGGGUUGACUAUGUGGGAUAGACUUGCGUUGUAUAUACACUAUUAUGUCCUCGGAUUCUUAAGCA